AUGGUUUCUGGCUCUGACGAUAACCGUGACAUGACGCGCGAAAGCUCAGCACAGAGUCAUCGGGCUGGUAGGACGAUGAGCCGAGGUCUUAUUCGCUCAGUUCAACCGACAAAAGUUCAAGGCAAACCUGCGAUAUCCGUUGAGGCCAAUCUACGAAUCCCCUCGACCCGCCUUCUCAAACGAAAUGAAAGGUACGCCAGUAACCAGCAUGUUUUGCUAUUGCAAUAG